AGAGAGGUAUUGAAAGGCAGAGUAUUUUCCCACAGGUUACCUUGGAAAUGUUGACUGAGCAUUGCUCAAAGGCACUUAGAAAAAAAGGGGUUGAUCUGAUCUGAUCUGCACUGCACACACACACACACAGACAUUGCAUUGGUCCCCAGUCCCAACUCCCAGCCAUUCAUUGCUGAACACUGAGCUGAGCCCAGGAGCAAACCUUGAGCAAAUAAACUGCUCCUUAUUGAGGAACAACUGUGGGAAGUGGAGACAACUGUGGGCAAAUCCAGAGAUCCAUCCUCAAAGCACAUCUCACAGGCACAGUGAAGCCAGACAGCCAUUUGGAAACACUGGAAAAUAAGAGCAACGCAAGCUAAUUGAAGAGGCUGUUGCUAAGAGAUGGUGCAGAAAGAACAUCACUGAAAGACUCUGAUCCGAUGCUCAAUGUAGCCUUCAAUGCUCAGGUUAUUAGGGAGGGAUUGUUAUGGCAGCUUUGGAAAAGCGAACAGCAGCCAGCGAAAGCAGGACAGCUGGAAUUAAAGAAGCCAACUUCAGCCCAUCAACACUGCGAGAUGGGGUAGCUGUAGACUCUGAGAGCACAGAGUUCCAGGGUUUAGGACGUGCCACCCUGAUGCAGAAAGCACACGAGUUCUUCCGGAUCUGCGACCAGGAAGAUAAGGGAUUUAUUGCCAGAAAAGACAUGCGGCGGCUUGACAGUGAGUUGCCUCUAGGGUCUGAUGAGCUGGAGAAUGUCUUUGAUAUGCUGGAUGCAGAUGGUAAUGGUUAUCUUACCCUGAAGGAAUUUACGACAGGAUUUGGUGAGUUCCUAUUUGGUGAAACGAUUACUGUUCACGAGACAAAGGAAGAAGAGCAUCAGGAUGAAUCUCUGUACCAGUCGCAGUGUGAAGAGCAAUUGUCGCCAGUUGAAGAUGAUGAAGAAAGUCAUUUCUAUAGGCUUAUGGAAACCCUGGGAGCAAAGAACCUCUUUGAAAACCAAAAUGAAAUAAGAAACCUUUGGGCACAACUUAGAAAAGAUGAACCACAACUACUUACUAACUUUGAAGAAUUCCUAAGAAGGGUUUCAAUUCUGAUCCGACAAGCCAAUGAGGAAAAGGAGAAUAUAGAAUUUGUUCUGAAAAGAAAGACAACUGAACACGGUGAAGAAAUAGAAUAUCUCUACGAGGAAAUGGAACAGCAGAUUAAAAGUGAGCAAGACAAACUGUCUAAUAAGGACACAGAGAUGUUUAAUAUUCAAAGCCAAAAGCUGGAAUCUGAGCUAAAAGCUAAAGAACGAGAAUUGGAACAUCUCAUUCAGAAGCAGAAACAGCUAGAGAAACAGUGCAAGAAACUGUCCAGUGAAAAGCAAGAGAUAAGGGUGGAGAAUAAAAAACUGAAGGAAACUAACGACGAGUUGGGGAACGAGUUGGACCAAACUGGCCACGAGCUACUGUAUGCCCAGCAUCAACUGCAGUUACUGCACAAAGAAGCUUCCCAUCUUCAAGAUGAAAGAGAAAUGGAGCUCUAUAGAGUUACUGAAGGUCUGGAAAGGGAGAAGACAGGUCUUCUGAAACAGUUAGAUCUCCUCAGAGAAAUGAACAAGGUUCUUCGAGAUGAACGGGAUAUGUGUUUGACUAAUAUAAAGCCACCUGCCAUCUCCAGGAAUCAAAAAGUUCCCUUAGUUGUUGACCAUCAUAUCAACAUCAAUCCUCCUGUCAACAGACAUGAUAUCCACAAGGAAACAACCGAUAAUAAAGAGUCCCGAAGACGAGGCUUGCAGAGAAUCAUUUCGAUCGAAGAAGAUCAUCUUCCAGAUCUACUGGAACCCCAUCUCCCAACACAAUUAAAUGAUUGGAUUGAGGAGGAGGGCGAGAUGGAAAACGAAGGCCAGGUGGAGACGAAGGAGAAAGAAAAAGAAGCUGAAAAGAUUUCUGAUGAUGAAAUUCCAUCAUCCCCAAGGAAACAACCAAUCGGCAAAGAAUCAUUGGCACCACAAGAACGAUCAAGUAGCAACCCUGACCGUUUGUUCAAAGUCAUCUGUAUUGGCGACUCCAGUGUGGGGAAAACCUCUUUCCUGAGACGAUUUUGCAAUGGUAGUUUUCACCAUGGAAUGUGUGCCACCGUCGGCAUAGAUUACAGUGUCAAAACCAUCACUGUUGAUAAAAGCCAGGUGGCAUUCCAGCUGUGGGAUACUGCAGGGCAGGAAAGGUACCGUAGUAUUACAAAACAGUUCUUCCGAAAAGCAGAUGGAGUUGUUGUGAUGUAUGAUAUCACAGAUCAGAUAACUUUCACAGCAGUGAGACACUGGCUGACAAGUGUACAGGAAGGAGCUGAUGGUGAUAUUGCAGUCCUCCUACUGGGCAACAAAACUGAUUUGGACAGUCAGCGUCAGGUGUCUACUGAAGAAGGGAAACGUUUGGCUAAGGAAAACAACUUGGUUUUCUUUGAAUGCAGUGCCUGCUCUGGUUAUAAUAUAACAGAACCAAUGGUGCACUUGGCGAGGCUUCUGAAGGAACAGGAAGAUAAGGAGAAGCAAAAGACAAUUCAGCUGGUGGAAGAAUCGACCCAGAAGAGGUUUUGCUGUGCAAGAUAGUGAAGAGAUGCUUCAUGUUUUACUACCACGAGAGGGCGAUACUCUCCUUGUCACAGCAGUUCAUGACAUAUAUUUUCUAUUCUAUAAUUCUACUGUGCAUUCUGAAAAUCAAAGAGAAUAUAUGAAUGCAUAAAAUGAAUUAAUAAAUCAUACUAGUUAUGUUAGGUACUGUUUUAAUCCACUGAGAAUCCACACUAGCAAAUUCUGCUAAACAUCCUGUUUAAAGAGAAGAAAAUGUUAACUACAGGCAACUAUUUAUUAAGCGUCUAAUAGACACUUAUAUAGAGUGCGUACAGGAAGCCAUACUCUAUAAGAGGCAAACGAUAAAGGCUUCGUCAUUUAUAUUAUGAUGUAGAGUUUAGAUAUAAAUUCUGCAUCUUUAUCGGUCCCGCACAUCUUCUGUUUGUACUACACAUCUUAGUGAAAAGGGUAAAACAAGGUAAUUUUUAAUUAUAAAUUAUUGUUUUUUAUAUAGUGUGUAUAUACGGUGCAGCUUUUUAAAAGUUUAUUUGAAUGGUAGUCUUGGAGGAUGAAUAUGGAAGUGCAAUAUUUAGAAAUCAAAAUGCUAUGAGGAACCAGAACAUAUAUUCUCGUAUUUUGU